CGUUGUAGUCUAGUUGGUUAGGAUACUCGGCUCUCACCCGAGAGACCCGGGUUCGAGUCCCGGCAACGGAAUUUUUUUCCCUUAUUUUUUCCCCCUUUUCCGGCGGAUUAAUUCGCGCGGGAAAUUGUCAUCGCCUUUUCUAGUACUAAUUUUUUUCUUUUCGCCUUUUUUUGUUUCAAUUCCGGCGAACUAGGGUUUCAGAUUUUGGAAGAAACGGGAAAUCAGAGAUGGAAAAGAGGGGCAGCAUCAGUGACAGUAGAAGAAACAACAGAGGCGGCAUAGAAGAGAACACCUUGGCAAUAUUGGACACGGCCGAUCCGCACAAGGACUCCCAAGACGCCAACGAUGACCGGAUUGAUUUUCUAGAAGCUGUUCGCUUUGCUUCAAUUGUACCAGAAAAUGGAACUCCUCCGACCAGCAAAAUGUUGGCAGCGGUCUUUGAAAUCCUGAGGGCUGGAAAAUCUCUAGAACUGUUAAUGUCAAGUUAUCAGCUUUUGUGUGAGCUAGAUCAGCAUUUUCCUCGGGUGUACCUAUCAGCAUCACAGUCUAAUGAAUCUCGUCACUUAGUUGUGAGAGAUGAGGCUUGGUUACCCUUUGUUCUUAGUUCAGAUACUGUUGCUAAUGAGAGAGAACUCAGAGAAGCUAAUGGAAAAAAUGGAAAAAAUGGCAAAAACACUAGCGGACUGUUUGAUCUCACUGGGUUUCAUGAGCUGAUACAAGAACUCACAGCAGUGGCACACAAAUCAAACUUUGAAGGAUCAGAUACUAAGUGCCUUGGUAAUUUGUUGCUGUUUCAGUACCUUGUGAGUGUUAUUGAAGGAGAUUUUGUGCCUCAUAACAUUAUGUAUAAAGAAACAUCGAACUGGAACCUUUUGAAGGAAUGUCUGCUUAACGCAUUACUGGGUUCAAGAAGAAUCAGCUAUAAAGCUUUAAUGAAAGAUUGCUUGUUCAAGUUCUGUGGACUCUAUCAAGAUCUUGGUGGGGCCAGUGACAGUUCUGAACUUUCUAAGAGUUCUAUGGAAAAUUCAUAUGAUUACAGUACUGCUAUGGCAAUUGCUUUCCCUGAAUUACGAAAGAAGACUUGUACUGCUAUGCAGAAGCUUCUCAGAAUGAUUAUGGAACUUGACAUGUCAAAGAAGCAAGCAGACAUGGAAGGUCUCACUACCAGAUCUGAUGGAGCAAGAACCCCACUUAUAGAGAUAAUUCUGGAUGAGCUUACUUAUGACAGAGAUCUGCUCUCUCCAUUUCUUCAGGUGUUUGAUGAGCCUAGAUGGAAACUCGAAAUUAUUUUGCAGUUCUUUAGGAAAUACAUCCCUAAGCCUUCUGUUCGCACUCGGAGAUCAAAUGGAUCUUCUGAAGACUUAUCACUGAAUGGGAUUUUGAAGUGCUUUUCAAAUGGUACCAGCACAAAAAACAUUGUAAAGAAAAUCAGUGUGGAUGUAGUUCAAUUGCUUCUGGCACAUGCUUUACUGGCUCUCUUGUCCAUGCCAUCUGAGCAACAUAUUGAGGACACGCCUGAUUGCAAAGAACUGAUAGGCGGCUCUAUUAUGGAAAUAUGCAAGAAUAUAACUACUGCUUUCAACAGUCUGAAAACAGUAGAUGAGAACAUUGAAAUUUUGCCUUUUGGAAAGGAAGCACUUUUUGCAGCAGCUACCAUCCUCUCAUCAACUUCAUAGGAGUUCAGAAGGGGCUGCUAAAAUUUUCUUUCAUAGGAUCCUGUCCUAAAGGCAAUUUUUUUGAGCAAAACUGUUGGUUAGCUUGUAAAUGUGAGGAUAUUUAGUCUUUUUAUCAUGUGCUGGCUCUACCAACAUUUAAUAUUUGCUUCUCCUAUUUUGUUAUGAUGGAUCUCUGUAGGUAUGCGAAUAUUUUGAAUAUUUUCUUCCUUGCCGCCCUAAAAUCUCUUG